AUGUCGACCAUAACCACCACUGCACUUCAGACAUCUUAUCCCCCCAUCCUUCCGAAAUCCUUCUCCGCCAACCAGCCCAAAACCAUCCGCCUGUACCCUCUCUCCAACUACACGUUUGGCACCAAAGAUACACAACCCGAAGAGGAUCCAUCAGUCAUUGCGCGCCUGAAGCGACUAGAAGAACACUACGAGCAACAUGGCAUGCGGCGGACAUGUGAGGGCAUCCUGGUCUGCCACGAACACAACCAUCCUCACGUGCUGAUGCUGCAGAUUGCCAAUGCCUUCUUCAAACUACCGGGCGACUACCUGCCGGCGUCGGCCGAGGAGAUCAGCGGGUUCAAGUCGCGGCUGAACGAGCGUCUGGCGCCGCAGAACACCAGCAGCGACCCCAACGCCGACUGGGAGAUCGGCGACACCCUGGCCCAGUGGUGGCGGCCCAACUUCGAGACCUUCAUGUACCCCUUCCUCCCCGGCCACGUCACCCGGCCCAAGGAGUGCAAGAAGCUGUAUCUGAUCCAGCUGCCGCGGAAGAAGGUGCUCAGCGUGCCCAAGAAUAUGAAGCUGUUGGCGGUGCCGUUGUUCGAGCUGUAUGAUAACACGGCGCGCUAUGGGCCGCAGCUGAGUGCGAUCCCGCAUCUGCUGAGUCGGUACCGCUUUGAGUUUGUGGAUGAGGAGGGCAACGUGGUCGCGGUGACGCCUGGUGAGGAUCCGGAUGUGAAGGGGGAGAAUGGUGAGGAGGCCAAGAUCAAGGUUCUGGCCGGAGGAAGUGGUGGUGGUGGAGGAGAUGCGGAUAUGGAUGUCAAGACGGAAGAGCAGAAUGAGUCUACAAAAUACUACGGGUUAACCAAUGGAGACCAGCAGCACAGAGGUACAGCAGAGAUGCUGUUCAACUGGGAGGAUUCUCACGGUCUCUCACCCAUCCGCAAAUGUGCGGAGGAAUGGCUCAAACUCAUGGCCUUGAAACGGCAAUUCCAGAGCCGCGGGAACAAGCAGCCAGAGCUGAAGGCAAAAGUGCAAUAA